AUGGAAAACACUUCGCUGCCGCAGUUUCCAUUAAUUGACUGGUGUUUUGACAUUGAAAUGUACUACGCCAGCUCUGAACAGAAUAUUGCAGUACAAAUGAGAAAUACUUUUCAGGAGUACAAACGUUUUAGCUUUCGUUACAAUGGAGUCCUGACUUUAGUGUUGGUGACGUUAGGUCUCGCCGGCAGCCUUUUUCUGUUAAAGCAGAUUUACAGUUCUCAUAUAUUUUCCAAGCGUUUGGCUAUCCAUCUAGGAAUGAUUUGCAUAUGGGACAGUUUAUACCUGCUGGCUUGCCUUGCGACAUAUGGUAUACCAUCACUGUUAUAUGGAAUGAUACCCGUCUAUGGCAUCAUGGCUUAUAUUCUGUUUCUACUUCAACCCUUCGCCUCAUUUUGCGUUUCAUGUACAAUAUGGCAGGUUUUUGCCAUCACACUUGAAAGAUACUUGGCGGUGUCGAAACCGCUGGAGCAGCGUGCCAGGUCAGCUCGCUUUGCCGUUGGUUGGUUGUGCUCCGCUAUCGUGGCCGGUGCUUUUGUUCUCAACUUGCUACCAGUGCCGUUUGAAAGACAUCUGGUGCCCUGUUUCGAAAUCUUACAAUUCGAUCCAGCCUCGACUCAUAAAAUUUUAGUGGUCCACUUCUUUCCUGAUCUGAUUUUUCGUGCACCACUUCCAAUAAUUUUUAUUGGCACACUGACCGUCAAGACAAUUCACAUGUGUAAUAAACGAAGUAUAGGAAAUGUUCCUCUCACAACGCAAAUGAAUAGGAAUAUUCCUCUUCGAUUAUACCUACUUAACUUCAAGUUCAUACUGUGUAAUACACUCUACAUGUUCAAUACAAUUCUACUGGAGCUUCUCGGUUACGAAGGUUUAAUAGACCGCUACAUGAACUCGUUCUAUUUGACAGACGCUUCAAAUAUGCUGCUUGUAUUACACAGCGCAUCCAAUUGGUUACUCUUCUACGAAUUUCCCACCAUGUCGAAAGUGAGGAAGCAGUGA